AUAACAGAUAUGCUGGUAACCGGCACAAUAUAAAUUCUUUUAUGUAGGCGCAUAUCUAUCUAUAAUCUAUAUUACCUACACAGUAAGUUGUACACGUCAAGCAGUACGCACCAUAACCGCCAAUUGGUGUUUGUGAGCGGGAAGGGAGACGCUGACAAGCGUCAUCACCGCCAAACUCGCUUACACACGCGCAAUGCACACUACUCAACAACUUGUCGAUUACCAGUGUGGCGGCAUCGUUUUCAACGUUUUUGUUAUUUCUUAACCUACCGAUUUCGUUUAACAUUUCGUUUCCUACCAGUUUGCCUAGAGGUCUUGGAUCGAUACAAUCACGCAGACUUAAUUUCUGCGGUCGUCGUAUUUUAACCUCACCGCCUUACUGCGUGUCAGCGUCCGAGGUUCCCAACGUAGGACCAAGUAUCAAAAAUGGUUGUCAAAAUACUCAACCAGGAAAUCACUGUCAAACAAAAUCCAGCCAACGAACAUAUUAUUAAUUCAAAAUCAAAACGCAAAUAUGAUAUAAUCAUUUUUGGAGCUUCAGGAUAUACUGGAAAACAUGUCGUUAAGGAAAUGGGUCACCUUUCUCAAACAUACAAUUUAACUUGGGCUAUUGCUGGGCGUAACACUGUUAAAUUACAAAAUAUAUUGGAUAAGUUAUAUAUAACUCUUGAUGGUUAUGAAGAUAAAAAAAUUGAUAUUAUUUAUGCCAAUGUAUACGAUAUUAAAACUGUAAUGAUAAUGGCUCAAACAACUUCCGUGGUUAUAAACUGUACUUCACCAUACUAUAUAUAUGGAGAAGUUGUAGUCAAAUCUUGUGUUUUGACAUCUACUCAUUAUGUAGAUGUAACUGGUGAACCAUUAUUUAUGGAGAAAAUGGCAUAUAUAUAUAAUAAACAAGCUGAAGAGAAUAAUUCAAUAAUUGUUAGUGCACUUGGUAUUGAGAGUGUACCUGCUGACCUUGGUGUGGAUUUUUUAUACAAUCAUUUCAAUGGUGAAUUGAAGAAUGUUGACAUGUACAUGAAAAUGUAUCUGAGUUCAUUUGCAUUUAGUAUGACUGGAUUAAUCCAUGAGAGUAUUUGGAUAAGUGUUAUACUGCAUUUGGCUACUAGAAAACAACGAUUAUACUACCGAAAUCUGUUGAAUAAGUUAAUGGGAAUGACUAGAUUGAAACCAAAUUUUUUCAAGAUAUUGCAUAGACAGCAAAUAAGUAUGCAAAGUAACACCAUAGAUUGGUGUUUGGCUUUUCCAGAACCUGAUGAAGCUGUUGUUGCUAGGUCAAUACAUCAUGCCAAAACCAUAGAAAAUUUACCUUAUAAUUUUCAUGUUCGAAAUUAUAGGGUUAUGAGUGGUUUAUUACCGGCUAUCUUUGCUAUACUAUUAUUUUUAUUACUAUCGAUCUUGGCCAUAUUUGAACCUAUUAGAAUUCUUCUUAUUAGGUUUCCUGCAUUAUUUUCAUUUCGGAUUGCAACUAAAACUGGUCCAGGUGAAAAGUUUUUGGAAAAAACACGCAUGUCAUUAAGUUUGAUUGGUUAUGGAAAAACAUCUGUCAAGCCAUUUACUACUAAUCAUAAGGAAAUAACACAAAAAAAUAUUACUCCCACAAGAAAAAUUAUUGUUAAGGUUGAAGCUAAACACCCAGAAUAUGGAUUCUCUAGUAAAGCUGUUAUAUUGGGAGCAAUAACUAUAUUAAAAGAUCAAAAUAAUAUUCCCAAAGGGGGUGUUUUAACACCAGCAGCUGCAUUCCGUAAUACUCAAUUUGUAAAUCGUUUAAUGGAUAAUGAUGCUGCAGUUUUUAAAGUUGAGUCCGACAUGGUUAUUUACAACAAUCAAAAUUAAUUUAAAUCUUAUCACUUAGCUGUUUUUAGUCUUUCGUAAUAUUCAAAAUGUAUUUCAUAAUAGUUUUCAAAUUAAACUUUUUUUGUUUUAUGUAUUAGUUACCUUUUACAUUUUAAGUAACUCAUUAAAACUUUAUUAAUACUUUAAGUUAAUAAUGACUGUGUAUUUUAUGUCAUACAUCUGCUUUUUAAAAGAUAAUAUAUGGAUAGUAUUGUAGUUUAGUCUAUUUAAAUGUCAUUAUUGAUUGUUAUCUUUUUACAAAAUGUUCAUAAAAAUUGCUUUACCAAAUG